ACCCAUAAAGGACUUUGCCAUGAAUACGUACUUGGAUUAUACUGGGGAUGUUGUGGCUUUCUCUCCUAAAUUCUGCCGCAGUGAGCAGCGAAAUGCUCCUCUACAGUCCUACCCUGGACCUGGCUCUGACAAUCAGUACAUGGGGAACUUACCACUUGGUGUCCACCCGACACCCACCCAUCAGCCUCCACACCAGGCUCCAGCACUUUAUGCCCCGUGCAGCCUAGAUGUUACCUAUGAAACAGCUGCACCUGCAGAUUAUAACUACCUACCUGCCAGCUCUGAUUAUGACUAUUCCUAUGGAUCUACCCAUCCCAUGGAUGACACAGGAAGUCACAUCCAGUACACCAGCUCUGUCUUUCCAGGAAAUGGACCUUUAUUUCUCAAUGGGCAGCUGUCCUACAAAACUAUUGGGGAAGACAAUCACUUGGCUCCACGUAAGGAACACCUAAACAUAUACUCGGGAAACUUUCAGAACUUCUCUCCUUCUCCUGGUUCUUAUCCCAAACCGAACUCACCAGUAUCUGAGACCCAGACUAAUACUUUUGACUGGAUGAAAGUUAAACGGAAUGCUCCAAAGAAAGCAAUCCCUUCAGAUUGGGGAGCCACCAGUUCUCCCAGCACAAUGAGGACAAAUUUCACAACCAAACAGCUAACAGAACUGGAAAAGGAAUUCCACUUUAACAAGUAUCUGACCAGAGCCAGGCGCAUAGAAAUCGCAACCUCUCUCCAGCUGAACGACACUCAGGUCAAGAUCUGGUUCCAGAACAGAAGAAUGAAACAGAAGAAAAGGGAAAGAGAAGGGGUUCUGCCAAGUCCCCCAUCUUCAGGGCCUUCUUCUAAUGCCUGUGUAGAUCUUAAGCAGAAGUCCCCACAUAAGACAGAGCCACAUUCGCCUUCCAGUGAGCUCUCAUCCUAG